AUGGCUACAUUCGCUGCUGCAGCCGUGGCUCUUCCAGGUCGCGUUGCCGGAUCUCGGCGGUGCGUGGUGGCGCGGGCGUCUGCGACUAUGCCGGUGGCAGGGAGGACGCACUACGAGGUGCUCGGGGUGGGCGCGCGGGCCAGUAGGGGGGAGAUCAAGGCUGCGUACCGGCACCUUGCCAGGGAGGUGCACCCGGACGGCACAGGUGGAGGUGGCAACGAGGGCUUCAUCCGGCUGCACGCGGCCUACGCCACGCUCGCCGACCCCGACGAGCGCGCGUGCUACGACCGGAACGUGGCCGGCCGCGCCGCGGCUAUGAUGAUGCGGCGGGCUGGAGCGGCGGUGCCAGCGUUCCGGCGGAGGACAUGGGAGACCGACCAGUGCUGGUAG